AUCUGCGGGGACUCACGGACCCUCGCGCGCUUCACCCUGACGUGUGACGUAUCUGACGAGUCCUGCGUCAUCACGUCAGGUCUGAGGGUGGACGGAGUGAAGAGAUGUUUACACUCAGAACAUGCAUCAUUUACGACGUGUUGUUUUCUGUUCAGAUCCAACGCAUCGUUUCUACUGUUGGUACUUCAGGCGGAGUUUCAUUCUAAUACAUUUGUAGCUUCCUGUUACUUCAAUAAAAAUGUUAAACAUUUAAAUGAGUGUUUCUCGUUCCGCAGCACUUGUGUCAGUACUUUUACUGAGGUAUCUGUACUACUGUACAGUGUACUGCAUACGAGCAGUCAGAUAUCAACCACCCGAGACGAUCACCUCAGGUUUUAUUAAACUGAUCCUGCACCUAAAGACACUUCAUUCACUGCGCAUGCGCUCUGAAAAGCAUAUUUUAAUCUGACAAGAUGCGGUAUAAAUCAAAACGAAAACACUGAAAUAGUACCUCAUAUCAGUACUUAGUGUACUCAGUUGUGUUCCAUCACUGUUCUCUCCGGAGGGGGGCGCCACCUGACCUCCAUAUAACCCGGUCACUUACUGUGUGUGUGUGUCUCUGAAACCUGACCCCUGGUUGCCAUGGUGACCCGCUGUUGGACUCGGAGCAGCAGCUCGGCUCAGUGUGCGUCCUGUGCUCGGAGGUGGAGACUGUGGGGGCUUCUGGGGGGACGAUGCCCUGUUCUGGUCCUCCUCCGGCCCCUGCUGCCUGAGCCCCAGCCCUCCUGCGUCCCUCCAUCCGUGCCGCCAUGCCGAGCCGACAGAAGCAGCUCAUCUUCUCCAUCUCCGGCCUCUUCGGCUUCUCCUGCGCCCUGACGGCCGCGGUGGCCACCGGCCUGCCCUUCUGGCUCAGCGGGACCGUGCUGUGCCGGACCGGGGCCGAGCUGGUCAACGCGUCUGGACCGGAACUGGACAAGUUCCUGGGAGGCCUGAGCUACGGGCUCUUCCACGGCCAGCGGGUGAAGCAGUGCGGACUGGGAGGGAGGCCGUCCCGGUUCUCAUUCUUCCCAGACCUGCUGAGCGCCAUCCCAGCGGGCCUCCAUGUCACCGUCAUCUUCUUCUGUGGUGUGGUGAUCCUCUUCUCCUCGGUGGCCACGGGCUUCUUCUUCUUCAACGCCUUCGGCAGACCGUACGAGACGCUGCAGGGCCCCAUGGGACUUUACCUGUGGACCUUCAUCUGCUGUCUGUGUAGCUGUCUGGUGAUGAUUCUGUUUGCGUCCGAGGUGAAGCUCCGCCAUCUGUCCGAUCGGAUCGCCAACUUCAACGAGGUGAAUUUCGUCUUCCAGACGUACAGCGAGUGCUACGACCGCUGCUUCUGGCUCUUCUUCCUCAUCUUCCUCCUCCACGGACUCAACUUCCUGCUGAUCCGACUGGCAGGAAUACGGUUUCCCUUCCAGGAAACCAAAGAGUCCGACCUGAGUGGGGGUGCGGCAGACCUCAUGUACUGAGGACACCUGAAGUGUCUCUCAGGGACAAAAGACCCACAAUACUCAUCACUUCCUGUCUGAAAAACAGAGAGAAACUGGAUGUUGUUUAACAUAUUAGAAGAUUAGUCUACAACUAACGAGUAGUUUCAUUAUUGAUUAUUCCACAGAUUUUUUUUGAUCAGUCAAUUGAAGGUUUCAGCUAUAAAAUUUCAUAAAGGAGUGAAAAAUGUCCACAGUUGAAGGUGACGUCUUCUGACAUCGUGUUUUGUCCCAAAACCAGAGUGAGUUUAGUGUGAUACAAAACCACAGACUGUAUCUCAAGAUGGACGACAUGUAGCUCAAAAGUGAAGCCCAAACACCUGGACGCCCCCUGGUGGCUGGCUGCAGUACAGCUCAUAAGCCCCUCCCCCUCCAUGUUAGCAGAUGGGACAUGAGCCAAAAUGAAAACUCAAAGUACACAUCAGAUAAAUUUUUCCUGAAGAUGGUUUCUGUCACUUCAGGUCAUUCUUAUCAUUCUGGUGUUUGUUCAAGAGUUCAUUUUUCUGAACAGUUUGGUUUUAUUUAAAUUAGUUAUUUGGUAUAAAGAGGGGUUGAAACGCCAUGAUUGACAGCUGAGUGUUGCUCCUGAUUGGCUCAGAUGGGCGUAUGGGUGGGAGCCUCCUGAUCACUACUGCACAGACUCUGGCUCCAAAUGACGUCACCAGAUGGCAGCACUCGUAUCAGGGAUGUUCGGGCUUCACUUUUAUACAGUGGGAGGAAGUGACGCGUCGGCCAUCUUUACAUGUCAGCAUAUAAAACAAAGAAAGCGAGCAAAGAUUCACGCUUAAGAAGAACAGACACUGCUAUUAAAACCUGCCAUAUCUGAUCAAUCAAUAGCUAAUGCAGUCACUUUGACAAUAAAUACAUCAUUAUACAUUGUGAAAACUUUUUUAUAGACUUGAACGUAAAAUGGUUCUUUCACACUUUAAUAACAGAUUUGAAACCUUUAUUUUACCAUCAGUUUUACUGUUGUAUAUUUUUGUAGUCUGUCCAUGCUUGAUAUAUAAAAACAUGUUUUUUGGGAUGUUUUAUGCCUCAUGCAUGUCA